UUCUUAGGCUGACGUUGUCUAAACGGGAAAAUGGCGGUGGAAGAACAGUCUGCAGCCGAAUGUGGCCGCUCCUCAGCUUACAACUGCAAAAGACGUAGUGUUAACAUGGCACAGUCUUCACAAACAGGAAUAGUAAGUAAUGUCCUAUUUGUGGCGUCUUUAGCUUGCUUGUUGCAAGUAGCCAUUGGAGACGGAAAGACGCUCGUGCUGUUGGACAACCCGAACAUCAAAGACACUCAUUCAAUAUUCUUCCGCAGUCUAGCCGACCGUGGAUUCGACCUUACAUUCAAAACUGCCGACGAUCCUAGCCUGUCUCUCAUUAAAUAUGGCCAAUUUCUGUAUGACCAUCUCGUCAUUUUCUCCCCAUCGGUGGAAGACUUUGGCGGAAAUAUCAACGUAGAGACCAUCACAGCCUUCAUUGAUGGUGGAGGAAAUGUCCUUGUUGCUGCAAGCUCUGACAUUGGUGACCCCUUGAGAGAACUUGGCAGCGAAUGUGGCAUUGAGUUUGAUGAAGAAAAGACUGCUGUCAUUGAUCAUCAUAAUUAUGAUGUGUCAGACCCUGGUGAUCACUCUUUGAUUGUGGCUGACCCAGAGAACCUGCUCAAAGCACCAACUAUUGUUGGCAAGCCCACUGAGAAACCUAUCCUUUUCAAGGGUGUUGGCAUGGUGGCCGACCCUGAUAACCCUCUGGUGCUGGAUAUUCUCACCGGAUCCUCCACCUCCUACUCCUUCUUCCCUGAUCAGCCCAUCAAACAGUACCCUCACGCUGUGGGCAAGAAUACACUCCUGAUUGCAGGCCUCCAGGCAAGGAACAACGCCCGCGUGGUCUUCAGCGGAUCUUUGGACUUCUUCAGCGAUGCGUUCUUCAGCUCCGCUGUGCAGAAGGCUACACCUGGAUCCCAGCGACAUGACCAGAAUGGCAACAUGGAGCUGGCCGAGGCUCUGUCCAGCUGGGUGUUCAAGGAGGCUGGCGUGCUCAGGGUGGGAGCUGUUACCCAUCAUCCUGUUGGAGAGAGCACCCCACCAGCUGCCUACACCAUCACAGACCUGGUGGAGUACAGCAUUGUGAUUGAGAUGCUGUCGGAGGGCCGCUGGGUGCCCUUUGAUGGAGAUGACAUUCAGCUGGAGUUUGUCAGGAUUGACCCCUUCGUCAGGACCUACCUCAAGAAAAAUGGUGGAAAAUACAGCGUCCAGUUCAAGUUACCAGAUGUGUAUGGUGUAUUUCAGUUCAAGGUUGAUUACAACAGGCUGGGGUACACACACAUGUACUCCUCAACACAGGUGUCUGUUCGUCCACUGCAGCACACUCAGUAUGAGCGUUUCAUCCCCUCUGCUUACCCUUACUAUGCUAGUGUCUUCUCUAUGAUGGGCGGACUCUUCCUCUUCAGUGUUGUGUUCCUACAUAUGAAAGAGAAAGAGAAGUCAGAUUAAAGAGGUCAAGCACUGGAGUAUUGGGGUCAAAGCCAUGUUUGUGACAAGACCGAAGGGGUAAAGGGUGGGGGGUUUGAGUGUCAUGUACAACGUCCAGGCUGUUGUGUACCUGGGAGAAACCUGAAGAAAGGAGCUGUGUAUGAGUUUGAUUUGGAUUCAUAGAGUGUGCUAUACCACCACUGUUUUUUACAGACAGUAAGGACCUAAAUUGUUGCUUCUUCACCGUGUAUAUAAUGUUUUUUUUCACAAUGGAGGAUCUCUACAUACUUAAAAUGGAAAAAUAGGCUGAGUUUCUAUCAGUGUCAGUGAAUUGAAAGUAUGUGUUUUUGUUUUAAAAAUUCAGACUUCUUUGUAGACGAAGAUACUGAUUCAAUAAGAAAUGCACUGAUUACUUGGUCUUGAAAUUGCUGGAAGAAAAUGUUCAAUGUUUGUAUAAAAGAAGAUGUUUGAAUCCCAAAACUGCAGUAAAAAAUGACAUUCCACCCUA